UAGCUCCAUGAUUUUAUGACAUUUUCUCCAUGUUUUCUCUCCCCCUCAGAUUUGUUUACAGUGAGCAUCCCCUCUCUUUUGGAAGUGAAUCAAACAUUUGAAAUUGCCUUCUGGACAGACUUUCCAUUUUUCUUUGAGUGCUACUGGGACUUCAAUGACAACAUUAUCUACAUUGCAAAUGCCACUGAUCUUCAGGAACCGCUAAUACACAAAUAUACACAACCAGCUGCAUACAACAUUUUAACAAACUGUUGUAUGGCAGGCCAACUGGAAGCCCACUUCUCAGAAGUUUUGGUCUAUUCUGAGAUAUAUUAUGAAAUAUGUUCCUAUAGAAGUGUGAAUCUGACCUAUAACUAUGACAUUUACAUCCUUGGAGAGUCAGAUCUUUUGAUCUUCAAUCACCAUGAGUUUCCAGAUCCAUUGUAUUAUUAUAUGGAACUUGAUGGUUACCCGGUCUUUGAUGAGGUAUUCUCCUAUGGUGCACUGCAAAAUGAUGACCUGUAUGCGGUGCUCUUGGACACUUUACCAUUUCCCAUGGAACUUCAAAACAUCAUUGGAUUAGGACCACACAAUGUGUCUGUGACUGUUUACAGUGAGAUUAACAAUACAGCAGUGUAUUGUGAGUCACAAAUCAAGUUUGUGGAACUAAUUACAGGAAUGGUGUUUUAUAUCAGUGAGUAUUUCGUUCAGACCAACAAUCCUUUCAUUGGCUCUCUUGCUGCGGAGUCUGGUUGGCCUGCUCUCAUUGAAUGGAGUGCCUAUAAUGAAGAUACGUUUGAACUAGAAUUCUACUUUGAUUCCUACCGCCAAGCUAGAAGCCCAGAUGAAGUGGAUGAAGUGUGGUUGUUUAUUUCGAAGCCAGGAAACUAUACUCUGAGAGCAACUAUGUACCAUGAGAUUAACGAGGCUUCAGAGUAUACCACCAUCAUCGUUGAAAACCCUAUCACUACGCUGGAUAUAUCCCUCAAUGCACCACUUCACUAUCCCCUGGAGGAUACACUUCAGAUGUUUGUUAACUAUACAAGUGAUGGAAUACCCACUGACAUUCACGGUGACAUAGAUUAUGGAGAUGGAACUAUAGAAUGGUGGGAACCAAUUCCAUCUGAGCCAGACUACAGAAAUUUGACUUUCAACCACCUAUAUGCCGUCCCAGAUUUGUACACAGUCCAGCUUUUUCUCUACAAUUAUGUGAGCAGUGUUCAUUACGAAUGGUACGUUGCUGUGUUGGAAGAUAUUGAAGAUCUCGCAAUAGAUAGCUUCUCAGGUGAGGAUGGGACUUGGACUGCCAUCCUACCAAUAGAAUUUCCUGUGAUAUUGACUGCUCAACCUCUGAAAGGGACCAUAGAGCUGUGUGAAUGGAAUGUAGGGGGAUAUCUCUUUAGCUCAACCAACCCCACUAUACUGUAUGAAUUCAAUGCAGAAGGGGUCUAUGAUAUUGAGGUCUAUGCCACAAAUGCAUUUUCCAGUGGCAGAGCUAGCACGAAUGUGACCGUCCUGGAGAGCAUUACAGGAAUAUAUCUCAUCAACGAUGGACCCGUCAUGGAAGCAGAUGCAGUUACAUUUGUCCUCUUCUCCUACCAGCUUGGAUCAAACUCUUUAUUUGCCUUAGAUUAUGGAGACGGAACCUCAGAAACUCUCCAGGAACCCCGGAUCCAAGAAAAUGUCACCAUGUACAUUCCUUCUGACCUUGACUUGCCUUUCAAUCCCAGGGAGUACUUUUCAGUCAGAGUGGAGCACACGUACGUUUCGGCUGGAUCGUAUACUGCUACUGCUUCUGCUUCCGAUGCAGUCUCCAUCAGGCAUGCAAUGUCUGAUGCAUUUGUCCAAGCCUCACCCUGCUUUUUACCCAACAUGCAUAUAUUGGAUGGUGAAAGCAGCUACAGCUUGGCGAAACAAUAUCAUCGACAGAAAAGAUUUCAGUUUGCUGCAGAAGUCAACAUAGACUGUGUCAUGGCUGCAAGUACUCAUUAUGAGUGGCUGGUAUUCAAGCUCAAUGAUGUAUUCACAGUGCCAGUGGAUGAGAACCUUUAUCAGCUACCGGCUUCAAUCAGGACUGAUCUCACAACACUCUAUGUACCUGCAUUCACACUGGAAUAUGGAACGUAUGUGUUCAGACUUCAUGUCACUAUUAACUUAAGAGAUGGAUCUGUAGGUGUGAACAAGAAUGAUCAGACUUAUAUCAGAGUGGUAGAGUCUCCUCUUUAUGCUGUCAUCAAUGGGGGUAGCUCGAGAGCUAUUGGCUGGUAUCGUGACAUUUAUAUGGAUGGUUCAUUGUCUAAGGAUCCAGAUGUCGAUGGAAAUCAAGACGGUCUUCUUUUCAGCUGGUUCUGCCGGAGAUCCAAUGAGACAUUCCCAUCUAACGAUGACCUGCUCUUACUUGUGAAUCAGCCAUCAGGUGAUGAUGGAUGUCUCCAUGAAGGAUUCUUAAUGCAAUCAGGCAACCAGACAACAAUGACCAUUGCAGGACAAACCCUUGAAGGGAACCAGACCCAUGUCUUUAGACUCGUGGUAUCCAAGCAAGGCAGAGGGACUGCUCAGGCUGAGCAAACCAUUCCUAUCCUACCAGGGGACCCUCCUACUAUUCUAAUAAAGUGCAUGACAAACUGUGGUUUCAGUCUCAAUCCAUCUGAGCGGUUCGUCAUCUCUGCCAAUUGCGAUGACUGUACCCUGCAGACGAGACCCCGGUAUGUCUGGUCUCUGAUCCCAGCCUUUCUAAACAAUAGCAAGCAGUUUCUAAUCUGGAACCAGGACACCACCACCAGUAGGACCAACGCCUAUCUUGCAAUUCGUGCUUUUACCUUCCAAGGGUCUGAGGAGUACACCUUGAAAGUCCUUGUCUUCAGUUGGAGCGGCGCCAAGACCUUUGCAGAAUAUGCCUUCUCGACCAAUUCUCCUCCUCGGCUUGGAACCUGCAGUGCAACACCCGAUGAAGGGGUGGUUCUGGAGACUCAUUUCACAAUCAUCUGUCAGGGAUUUGUGGACGAGGAUGAACCACUGAGCUAUGAGGUCAGAGCGUUGACGGGUUCGGAGAAGAAAACUGGUAUCAGCUCCUUCCAUGACUCUUCAACAUCAGGUACCCUGAUAUAUUUUGGUGUGGAUCCACAUAUCCCCCCUACCUUCCUACCUGUUGGCAUAGCAAGUCAUUGUGAUCACCAAGUGGACAUUAUCAUUACGGUGUCUGAUACCUAUGGGGCCAGCAUCAAAACUUCAACUGCUGUGAAGGUAAGAGAAGCAGAAGUGGACACCAGCCAACCAGACAAAACUGUAACAGACACUGUCCUUGAGUUUUCCUCUGGUGAAGAAAACCCCCUCUCAAAACUGCUAGAAUCUGGAGACACCCAGAGCGCAACCCAGUUGGUGUUUACGCUCACAUCCCUGCUCAACGCAGACGCUGAGAGUGACUUUGAUCAAGCAGAGGCUGCCACGGAGGAGGAGCAGGAGGAGGAGAGUGAAUUCAUGGAAGAAAAGAAGACAAAGAGAGCAGAAGCUAGAGAGUCCAUCAUUGCCAACAUCGGUCACAUAGAAGUCCGAGACAUGGAAACGCUACAACAGACCUCGGCUGUGAUUGCCCAAGUCACUCAAGAGAAAGAUGAAAUUUCUGCUACAGCUCAAAAAUCAGCUGCAAAGAGCUAUCAAGAGAUGUGUCAUUUCCUGAAGGAAGAGAGUGGCAGUGGGCACACUGGAGGAGACACAGUAGAAGAAACAGCAAGUUUCAUCAUGGUUGGACUGUCGAACAUCAUGGAAGCUGCCUUUAGCACUUUAACGUCAGUCGUCAAUGAAACUACUCCAGUGACAUCUCAGGAUGACGAUGCUGAGAAAGCUAUUUCAGAUACAAGAAAUGUCAGCAUGGCUACCCUGCAAGCCCUGGAAGAGUUACAGACAGCUGUCUUGCAGAACAAGGUCCCUGGCGAAGAGAGCACAGUGAUCAGAACAGAGGCUGUAUCCCUGAUCCUCCAGAGGCAAGAGCGGUGGGAGGUAGCAUCUAAGGUCAGCGACAGCAAGGCAGGAGCUACUUCCUUCCAGCUUCCAAGCAAUGUACUGGACGGCGGAACAGAAUCCAGCUUUGAUGACAUCGUAGACAGCCAUAUUCAUGAAUACAAUCACAAUCCAUUCGCUUGGGCUUCAAUGGGUGGAGAAGACGACAUCACAAGUCAGGUGAGCAGUCUUGAACUGGAGCUAAGCGACGGGAAUCAACACACCAAGCUGACCCCUGUGAACCUACCCAAAGACAUUGACAUCUUCAUAGAUAAUGAGGAUACUAAGGUUCAGCAACUCCAAGCGGCCAAGGAAUCACAGAGUGGAGAGAUCAAUUACUAUUUCAACGUCAUAUCACAGAUGGCAUAUGUAGUGGUUGAGGUUGUCGUGUACAACCGUUCAUUGUACGAGCCCUUCCCAGAACUAUUCCUGUUUCUCACCCGCAAUGAAACUGGAACGAACAGUUCUGCAGGAGUGGAUGCUACCCACAUCUUGAACACCUCAUUUCCGGCAGGAGCUGACCCCCCUGUAUCGGCAUUGAAUGACACCCACAAUAUGACAGGAAACCCUUACCUGUGGAUUAUUCCAUUUAGUGAGAUAGGGGUGAAUGGUGACCAUGGUCUUGUUCUCAGUGGCUGGGGGAUGGUUAAUAAAUCGGAUAUUGCUUUGUAUGCCUAUGGAGCUCAGUGUGUUUACUGGAAUACAGAGGAGGAGAUGUGGGACACCACUGGAUGCAAAGUUGGACCUCUGACAUCCCGCAUCCUUGCCCACUGCCAGUGUAACCAUCUCUCUCACUUUGCUGCUGGCUUUGUGGUUCUUCCCAACACUGUGCACUUCAUCAAAGAUGCAUCUCUCUUUGCUAAGAUACUGGAGAAUCCAAUCACUGCUAUGACAGUGGGAUCAGUCUUUGCUCUGUAUGUCUUGGUUGCCGUCUGGGCAAACAGACACGACAGAAGAGCUGAGGAACAGGCACGGGUGAUCUUCUUGGGUGACAACAACCCAGAAGCUCAGUACAAUUACCAUGUGACCAUAUUCACCGGUUUGCGCCGUGUGGCAGGUACCACAGCUGUUGCCACCAUCACCCUCUAUGGGGCUGCUGGGUCCAGUGAACCCCAUGUCCUUACUACUGAGGGGAAGCGCAAGAUUCUGCAGAGGGGAGGAGUAGAUUCCUUCGUGUUGUCUACACAUGGUUCCCUGGAAGAACUGACGGCUGUGAGAGUGUGGCAUGAUAACUCUGGAAAGCAACCCGAAUGGCACCUGAACCGCAUCCUGGUACACGACCUGCAGACCAAACAGCUAUGGUACUUCCUCUGUCAUACCUGGCUAGCAGUGGAUCUAGGAGAGUGCACUGUGGACAAGACCUUCCCAGUGGCCACCACAGAGGACCUACAGCAGUUCCAGCACCUGUUUAUCACUGGACUCCUACGUGACAUGAAAGACCACCACCUGUGGGUGUCCAUCUUCACCAGGCCACCCAACAGCAACUUCACUCGUCUGCAACGCAUCACCUGCUGCUUCACUCUUCUCAUGAUGUCCAUGUUGGCAAGCAUUAUGUUCUUUGGAAUCACUCCCGAGGAUGUGGACGUGGGCGACUCCAAAGGUCCAGAGAUGUCGCAGGAGAUCGGGAUGGGAACUAUCCGUGUGACAUGGUUCGACAUCCUGGUCGGCAUCGAGAGUGGACUUUUGGUGUUACCGGGGAAUCUGCUAAUAUUGGAAAUCUUUCGAAAUGUCAGAAGCAGGCAUCCUUCAAAGGGUGACAAGUCUGUUGAGAUUGUAGCUGAGAGCGAAGAUGACAAAUCAGGAACAACUAAAACCACAAGUGAGCAGUCCACAAAGUCGAUAGCUACGGCAUCCUUAAAAGCUUCAGAUGGUGAAAAUGUGCCUCACCAUGCAGGAGAUGGAAGUCAAAACCACUCUGAGCAGAUACCAUCAGAAGCACAAUCUCCUGAGACAAUAACCCAAGAGAAAAUGAACAAUGAACAUGACAUUGAGAGCCAGAUUCAACCUGUUGCUCAGUCCGUUUGGAUAGACUCUGCAUCUAAUGAGUGCUCUAAGUCAGCAGAUGUGUCUGUAAGAAGUAUCCAUGUCAGUACAACUGAGGAAAUCCCACCAUGUUGCUGUUUAAGACCAUGCUACAAAGGUUCAGAACAUGAUGAUGUGGUCUCAGGAGGAGGAGAUGACCGUUUACACAGAACAGCAUCCUCUUCGGUUCUUUCAUCUUCUGAUUCCCAACCUGAAUCUUUGAGUCCGGAAGCAACAGAGCUGCAAAAUAGGCCUCCGUUCUUCAUGCGACAUGAAGACUACCUUCAUCACCAUAUCAACACAAUGCAUGAAGAAAUUUACCAUGCACCGGAGGGCUACUUCAAAAGUGAGGAAGAUCGGAAGAAGGCACUGCGGAAACUGGAAGAAACUCUCAAGGUACAUGGCUGGUAUCAACAUCUACAAGAGGAGGAGGAAGGUCAUGCUGCAACUGAAGACCAAGAUAAAAGCGGUUGCUGCCAAGGUGAAAGUCAAGGAUGCCUGCCCUGGUGGUUCGUCUACAUUGGCUGGUUCUUUGUAGUGGUCACCAACCUGGUAUGUGGCUACCUGGUCAUCCUGUAUGGUCUAACCUAUGGCCUCCAGACCUCCAUGGACUGGCUGGUCAGCAUGAUGGUUUCAUUGUUCCAGAGUAUCUUUGUCCUGCAGCCAGGCAAGGUCAUCCUGGUGGCUGCAUUCUCUGCCGUUAUCUGGAAGAAACAUGAGGAUGAUGAUGUUGGCGUGGACCUCUUUACAGAUCCAGCCACAGGUAUCUUCAUGACUCCGGCAAAUGCCAAAGGGAGAGGUAAACGGCACACCAUUGCUCGCUACUACCAACCACCCACUAUCGAGUCUGUAAAUCAAGUCAGAGAACGACGGGAAGCUGAAGCGAAGAUGUGCAAGAUGCUGAAAGAACUCCUGGGACAAAUUCUUCUGGUGGUCCUAGCCCUAGAAGUCGCCCACUUCCAGAGGGAUCCCAACAACUACCUGUUUCAUCAAACCGUGGCUAAUACUUUCACUGCAGGAUUUGAAGAUGUUUCCUCCAUCAAUGAUGUGUAUGGGUACUUGGAGGAAUCGUUUGUACCAGAGCUGUAUGGAGAAAACAGGGGAUUCCUAGGAGAUGAAAGCACCUACAGAGUAGGGCGAGCUAGACUGAGACAGGUCCGGAUCAUCCCUGAUGCCUGUACUCCACCCAAGCCUACACAACACAUUGUGAACUGCACUGGAAUCUUAAGAUCUCAAAGUCAUACCAACCAGCAGACUUACAACAAGUCAUGGUCAGAACUCCUUGAAGAUGAUACAGAAUCUAAAGCAAUUACAGAUUCCUAUGGCCCUUGGAAGUUCACACCGUCAAGAUCAUCCCACGGGAGCUAUCACAUGGGUACAGUUACAUUGUACACACAAGGUGGCUACAUCCAGGUCUUAAGCUCGACUGCCCGCAGCACCCUCCGCGUACUCCAAGAACUUGAGAAUCGGAAGUGGUUGGACGAACUGACAAGGGCUCUGUAUAUAGAAUGGACAGUCUUCAGUGCAGAUGCUGGAUUGAUGUGUGUUUGCACUGUCUUGUUUGAGGCUACCACAAUGGGGAAUCUUGUCUCGACAGGAGAGUUCCAUGCUUUCAAGAUCUUCAGCUUGGAAACCGUUGUGGAUAAAAUCAACCUGGCCCUCCAGAGUGUCUACCUCUUGGUGAUCCUUGGCCUUAUCCACUUGGAAGUCAAGAAACUGAGACGCAAGAAGAGGGCAUAUUUCCAAUUCUGGAAUAUCCUGAACAUUCUGACCAUAAUUUUGUCCAUCCUAUCCGCUGUAUUCUACAGCCUAUGGGCGACCUCUCUGCACAAAGCCAUGAAGGACUACACCCAGAAUCCUUCUAAGUUCAUUUCCUUCUUCUAUCCUGUGAUCAUGGAUCAAACCUUCAUGGCUGUUACAGGAUUCCUAGUGUUCAUCAACACACUCCGUUGCGCCAAGAUCCUGCGUUUCAACAGCAGCAUCCAAACGAUCCAUCACACAUUCUCCAACAUAACCAGCGAGUUCUUUAUCUUCACUCUCAUGGUGUUAAUCUUCCUAUUUGCCUUUGCUCUUCUGUUCUGUGUGACAUUUGGCUCAGACGUCAUGGAUUUCAAGGAUGUGGCCUUCUCCUUCCAGACCAUCUUCCUCUUCCUAGAGGGGGGCUAUGAGGAAUUCAUGGAUGUUAGUGAAAUCUAUGCAACACUGGGCCCACUUUACUUUAUCUUCAUGACAAUUGCUCUAUUCUUCCUCCUCUUCAAUUUCUACAUUCUCCUCAUUCUUUAUGCAUUCCGAGAUGCAAGGCAUAUUCUUCCCAAUGAGGACCACAAGGAUGUGCUGAGCGCCAUUGUGGACUGGUUAUUCUCUGUCUGUUCAAUCAGAAAAGUAUCAAGGAAAGACGAAACUAUGAAAUCUGCGCCAGUAUUCAAACAUUACCGAGGUGAAUUAACUUUGGAAUAAGUUCUGCAGGUCUUGAAAAAACUAUUUAUAAUUCAAUAAAACUGAAAUAUAUUGAGUGGAAAUGAGUCACAGCACUCCACUAUGCAUGCUCAUGGCAAAAUGCUAUUGCAUUCUAUUGAUAAUACUGUAAAGCUUGUUUAGAUAUUCAUACUUUUUGACACAGUUUUAAAUGUUAUGUACAUUAAAUCAAAAGAAGAAGGAUAAAGGAGCAAAAAAUGAUAAUAACCAUCAUUUUUCACAGAUCUCACGCUUGCUAUAAAGCUCCAACCCUAACAAAACGGGGAAAUAAGGUCACGUGGCUCGAUGACGCAUUGGUCUUAGUUGUCAUUUUUAAAGCUAGAUUUCAGAAUUAUUGAUGAUUUCUAAGAAAA